AUGCCCGCCCGUCCGUACCGGUCAAAACGGCAUCCGCCAUGCGACCAGUGUCGGCGCAAGAAGCUACGCUGUGAACCUCAGGGAACAAAGUCUUGCCAACGAUGCGAAGCGACCGGCUCACCAUGCAGCUUCAAUAUCUCGUCGCGUCGGUUCACGUUGCCGGAAUUGAGACCUUCGCCGGUUGCGCGGGAGACCGCUGUCUUUUCCGGGUCAAAUAGUAUACCAGAAGAGGCAGACCGUCAAAAUCCGCCUAUACCGGCAGAGCCCGCCUUCGGUAAUAACCUUGAUCCGGCUCUUGAUUCGCAUCUAACUGAUACGCCUGUUGAUGAAUUCUUGUUGCCACUUCAGCCCGCAUAUCAUUUCCCGGAGAGGCCGACGCCGCAGGCCAUUCAGACGUUGGAUCAACUGAAAGGGGUUUCGUCGCAAGUUAUUGGCGCAUCGGGCGAGUCGGAUCCUUGGCUCUUACGACAUUGCAUGUUCGACGACCAUGGCUUCUUGCUCUUUCAUCAGGUUCACUUUCGCAAUGCCGGUGGUGUGCCACUUGAUGAGAAGAUUCCGGUGCAUUUCCUGGUGACGACGGAUGAACUAUAUGAUCGAGCAAAAGAGGAGACUCGAUUUCCUCCGAGGGAUAAAGCUCGGAAUGAGUUAAACGCCCUUGUUCCGUUAGAAUCCGGGCAAAGACUGGUCUCGCUAUUCAUAAAAUUUGCCUUUCCCAAUCUUCCAAUCAUCUCGCGGUCUCAAUAUGGACUCUCUUCAUCAAAAACUGUGCCGGAGCAACAGGUACUGCAAAAUAUACCCGUCCAUCUUCUUGCAGCCAUCUACGCCUCCGCCCAACCAUUCGCCAAGUUCGACGAGUAUCUCUGCGUCAUGAACGCCUACUCCUCCCCAUCAACAGAUCAACUAUGGCGAAUAACCUUCGAGCUCUUAUUCGAAGAACUACAUACCCCCCACCUCGCCACUCUACAAGCAGGCCUUCUAUACCUCCACAAACCAAGCGAAGGCAAAGAGAGCGCGGUAGCAGACAGCUCCUUCGUCUGGUCCUUCGUCGGUCUCCUAGUCGGACUCGCAACUUCACUAGGCCUCACACUCGAAUGUCAAGAAAAAUGGCGCAGUUUGAUGAUGGGUCGACCCCCUGAUAUUCGACAGGACGAAUGGGACAUGACGGAUCUGGACGACGAUGAUUUUAGGAUCGACCAGAUGCAGAUUGACUUUUUGCUUUCGCCGAGUGAUCAGUCCUUGCGGGAUGGGGUUUUGGCGAAGCAAUUCCAGCAUUUUGCGCGGUUGUCGAGGAUUGCGGAUGAGGUACAGGUUCGCUUGUUUUCGCUUCGCGCGUCCCAGCGCCUAUCCUCCAAUUUCGACGAGUCCCUCGAUACAGCCCGCGGUCUUUUACAGAAACUAAAAGAGUGUCACAUUGUCUUCAUUUUUCGGUCUCUGCUUCGCCCGAUGGUCCGGUCGGCCGCUCCGCCGCGGUUAUUCGAAGAGACCGAGGACCCAACCAGCUUCACGAAUAUGGCUGAUGAGUAUAUCACUCAGAUCAUUGAGGCGAGCGAUAUUGAGCCGGUGCCUGCGAUUGAUAUGUCCGAUGAGCAUGGAGCUGGCAAUGCGGUGCUCAAGACCGCGGAAAAAUGCGCGGCGACGAUGCUACGGUCGGUGAUGAGGAUGGCAUGUGGUGAUUUGGCGGGUUUUUGGUAUUCAUGGUCGCGGGUCGGCUUUGCGACGGUUUCCAGCUUCAUGAUGCUGCUUAUCGUACAAGCCCCGUCAAAGGAACAUGCCGUCCGGGCUCGGCGACUCGUUUAUAUGUGGCGACAAGCCCUGAGAGGCCAAAGCCAAGGCUGCGAAGUAUUGAACCUGGCGCUUGUUCGCCUGGAUGGCCCGCGUUGGACGGGUUUGGCGCGGAACUUUUUCCUUCCCAAACAUGUCAAGGAGGGGCUGGAAUGCACCAUUGACCAAUGA